AUGUUCUUCCAUAAUGAUGACAUAGAAAAGGAAUACUUACAAAGCCAAGACCACCUCUCCAAAUAUUUUUUUACGAGUAAAAAUUACUUUUUUGGGUUCUUUGGGCAGAUUUUUGAGGCAGAGUAUAGCGAUAAAUUAUCAUUUAAACAGCAGCUGAAGUAUGAAAUCGUUGCAAACAUAGUGACCACUCUUCAAGCAACUUCUAUCAUUUGAUAUCCAAAUUUAGAAAUUUCAGAAUGAAGCUCUUAUAAGGAAUUCUGAAAAAUGAUAGGAAUUAUUAAUUAUGAUCAUGCUUGCGCGUUAUUUAAGAUGCUGGAAAUUUGCUACUAUGGAACGAUUUUUUUAAUAGGAAUUUGUUGCAUUUCUUUUGGAAUAUUUUUGGCUUGCUUUUACCUUACUCCCCCCUCCGUGAGCUGAUCAAACCAUUGGAAAAUUACCUAUUUUCUGGGUAAAAGCCCACACUCCGUAAGGUUUUUUAAUAUAAAAAUUCUUUAUGAGAAAAAUCUUACUAAAAUUAAUAUUUGCAUUUCAAAUAUUUUUUUUAAUUUUGAAAUAAAAAUUAUACCCCUUCGUAAGAGAACAAAAUUUUUUUGUUCGCUCAAGGAGGGGGAGUUAGAAAAGACCCAUCUAAUGUUUUAGUGCUUUUUAUAAGUAAAAUUGUUAAGAUGCUUUCAACAUUAUUUUUGAUUCCUUCUAUUAUGAUUUUCCUUAUUGUUUUAAAAUAGUCUUAGCUUAGCUUAUUAUUGAUAACAGUUUUUGGCCCAUAAUAUGCCUGAUGAAAAAAAAGGCCAAAUAGUUUUAAUUUUUCGAAAAAGGCCUUCUGUUUUAAAAUAUUCAAUUUUUAGUUCAAAUUCAGUUGAUGAAUUAGACGAUAUUGGCACCAAUGAUGUCAAUUUUGGUAUAAUUGGGAUAAUUAUUUCAGCUUUUUGCUUACUUAUAUUAGUUUUUUUGAUGGUUUUGUAUGAAAUUUUUUCGUGUGAUAUAAAUCAUUCAAAUUAUAAUAAAAAUAUUAAGGCUAGGGCAUGCGCAACUUUGGAUUUGCAAAGGCAGCUAUUUUUUAUAUUUAUGUGUAUAUCUUAUGUUUGUUUUGGAAAAAAUUUAGCAAUUUACCAUCAAAUUAUUUGCUGUAUUUACACAUUUUUGUUGGGAAUCAAAGCCACAAGAUUUUAUCCGUAUUUUAAUUAUAUUGAAAAUGCUAUCCAAGCCUGCAAAAUGUGAUCAAUUACUUUAACAUUACUGAUUUUUAUUUUUGGAAAUCUAUUAGACAACUCUCUCAUAAUUUUUGUUUUUUCCCUAAUUUUACAGCCAAUUUUACUUCUCUUUCUUAUUAACUUUACAUCAAAAAGAUACAAAACUCAUGGUAACGAUUUAAAUGACCCAGAAAAUCAAUUUGAUUUUGAAAGAAAAUAUCGUACCUCGCUAACUAAUCCAAAUCCCGACGAAAAAUAUAGAACUUUCUCUUCAAUAGCGCGAAAAUACGUGCAUCCUGGUUUAACUAAAAGGUCUUUGGACCAUGAAAUCUGCUAUUCCUUCUCCAUAAGAGAGGGAAAAUAGUAAAAAUGAAGAAUUCUGCCCGAUCCAGUUUCGAGAACUGGAAGGGAUUAUUUUGUUCUGAAUUAAGAAUACCUGAGUUAUUGUGGAAUUUUUAUUUCUUGCAAAAAUUUUUUAAUUUUAAUAAGUUUUGGUUCGUCAAAUGGUUCUGACGAGUUAAUUCUGACAGGCACUUGAAAUAAAAAAAUAAAUAAUUGUCAUAAUGUUUUAUUUUUCUGAUGUUAAGGAUGAUCAGAAAAUUUUAAUAAAUGGCACACGAUCAAAAAAACAAACUUAAAGACUAGUGAAAGCAAGCAUAAAUGUUAUAGCUAUAAGUGGUCAAGAUAUUUGAUAAUAAAAUAAUAAGAAUUCUAAUAAAUAGUUUUGUCAAAAUUUUAGCUAAUUUUUAGGAACUAACUUUUAUUUUUCUCAAAUUAAUUUUUAUUACUUUAAAUUUCGCUAUUUAAUGCUUUUGUUUUCUCUUUCAGAACUUGAACACAAGUUCAUUUUUGAACACGUUUUGUUCGUUUUAAACCGCCAUCUUGAUUUUGUAUCCAUAUAAAAAAAUUAAAACUCUUAAGUCACCACAUGCGGUUUCAUUGAAGACUUGAUUUUUGAGAACUAAAAUAAACUAUUUGGUGCCUUUAUUUUUCGCUUUCUGGACUCGAGCACAAAUUCAUUUUGGAACAUUUUUUGUUCGUUUAAAAAAAUUAAAACUCUUAAGUCACCACAUGCGGUUUCAUUCGAAGCAUCAUAUUUGAGAACUAAACUAACUCCCCCCCCCCCCUCCGUGAGCGAACAAAAAAAUUUUGUUCGCUCACGGAGGGGGGUUAAUUUUUUUUUUUAAAAAAAAAUUUAUAUAUAAAUUUUAUAAAAAAAUAUUUUUUUCGAAAUUUAAAAAAAUCCUAAUUUGCAAAAAUUGGGAAGCAAAUAUUAAUUUAAUUUGCAAAAUUUAUGUUUUAAAAAGCAAUUUGUUUAAAAUUAAACAGAAUUAGCUCUAGAUUUCAUUAUACUAAUUAUCACUUAUAUAUCAAAAUUUUUUUCCAUUAAAAUUUUUUCUAUUAAAAAAAUUUUUGUUCACUCACGGAGGGGUGGGUUUUUGGUCAAAAAAUGGCGAUUUUUCUAAUGGUUUUGUUCGCUCACGGAGGGGGGGGGGGGAGUAAGAUAUUUGAUGCCUUUAUUUUCCGCUUUCUGGACUCGAGCACAAAUUUGUUUUUUAGACAAUUUUUGUUCGUUUAAAGCCGCCAUCUUGAUUUUGUACACUAUAUAAAAAAUUUAAAACUCUUAAGUCACCACUUGCGAUUUUAUUGAAGACUUGAUAUUUAAAGUAUUUAAAACAGUUAUUUGAUGCCUUUAUUUUCCGCUUUCUGGACUCGAGCACAAACUCAUUUUUUAACAAUUUUUGUUCGUUUAAGCCGCCAUCUUGAUUUUGUACACUAUAAAAAAUUAAAACUCUUAAGUCACCACUUGCGGUUUUAUUGAAGACUUGGUAUUAAAGUAUUAUAACAGCUAUUUGGUGUCUUUAUUUUUCGCUUUCUGGACUCGAGCACAAGUUCAUUUUUUAACAUUUUUUGUUCAUUUAAGCCGCCAUCUUGAUUUUGUACACUAUAUAAAAAAUUAAAACUCUUAAGUCACCACUUGCGGUUUUAUUGAAGACUUGAUAUUUAAAGUAUUAAAACAGCUAUUUGGUGUCUUUAUUUUCUGCUUUCUGGACUCAAGCACAAAAUUCAUUUUUUAACAAUUUUUGUUCGUUUAAGCCGCCAUCUUGAUUUCAUAAAUAAUUAAAAAAUUAAAACUCUUAAGUCACCACUUGCGGUUUUAUUGAGAACUUGAUAUUUGAAAACUAAAAUAAGCUAUUUGGUGUCUUUAUUUUCCGCUUUCUGGACUCGAGCACAAAUUCAUUUUUUAACAUAUUUUGUUCGUUUCUAUUCCAUUUAUUAACAUUUCUGAUCAUCCUUAACAUCAGAAAAUUAAAAAAUUAUGGCAAUUUUUUAUUAUUUAUUUCAAGUACUAGCCAGAAUUGGCUCGUUAAAACUAUUUGACGAACCAAAAAUAUAUAUUAAAAUUAUAAAUUUUUGCAAGCAAUCAAAAUUCCACAAUAACUCAGGUAUUCUUAAUUCAGAACAAAAAAAUUCCUUACUUCCCCCCCCAUCCUUGAUCGAACGACUCGCCAUCGUUCGAUCAAGGAUGGGGGUUUAAAAACAAUUUUUUUGGGGAAAAAAAUUUUAUAUAUAAAAUAAAAAAUAUAUAUAUAUUUUUUUUUUAUUUACUUUUAAUAAAUAAGAGGGUUAAGGGUAUUUAAUAAUUGUUUUUAGAGCAAAAAAUUUAAUUAAUUUCAUAAAAAUACCAAUUUUUAAUAUUUUGAUUUAUUAGUUACCCCUUUAAACUGUAUAAAUUUUAAUUUGUUCCUUAUUAAAUUAAUUUUUUUUUUUUUUAAAAUUUUUAAAGAUCUAUUUUAUUAGAUUAUUAAUUUUUUAAGCCUAGAUUGAUGACUAAAUCACUUCGGAUAGUUGAUUUCGAAGCUUUCUGUCGUCUCAAAGUCUCUGAAAACAACUUCAUUAGGUGCAUCUUCCCAAGCUUUUGAUAACUAAUAUAUUUUUAUACAUAUAAAAGUUGCAUGAUAUGAAAAUCGUUCGAUCAAGGAUGGUGUUAAUUUCCCAAUUUUUAGGAAUUUUUACAGUCAAUCGUUCGAUCAAGGAUGGGGGGGGAGUUAAAGUUCUCGAGAAUGGAUCGGGCAGAACUUUUCAUUUUCACUCAUUGCCUCUCUUAUGGAGAAGGAAUAGCAGAUUUUCAUGGUCCAAAGACCUUUUAGUCAAACUAAGAUGCACGCCUUAUCGCGCUAUUGAAAAGAAAGUUCUAUAUCAAAUAUUAAAGCUAUUUAGCAAGCAUCAAAAAUUGAUUUAUUUCAAUAGAGAUAAGCUAUUUGUGAUAUGAGAAUUUAAUUUCUGCAUUUCCGUUAUCAAUGAUGAAAGACUUGCCCGAGUAAAGCUAACUAAACUAGCUUUUUGUAAAAAUAGCCUUGAAGGAGAUGUCCAAGAAUGGAGAGUUUAUAACUGGCUAAAGACUACAAAAGGCUUCGAAUUUCCUGAGGUGUUAUAUUUAGAGUACUUGCAAGAUAUUGGGAUAUUAAAAGAGCGUGAUGAGGAAUUAUGCAAUAUUAUCAUACAAUUGCAAACUGAAUUUGCAUCUAGAGCUCCAAAAAUGCGGUCCCUAGUAGAACUGUCAACAAAAACAUCAAAAAUCUUGUAUAGAGUGAAUGAAGGGUAUAAUAUGGCUGCUGAAAAAUAUAAAAAUUCAGAAACUUUUGAUUUAUAUGCAAGCUAUUUGGAAAGGAUAUUAAAGGACCAUAGAGAAGCAAAUAGAAUAAAGAAAAAAGCCAGCAGGGUUGAUUAUUCAUAUAGAAAAGAUAACUUACUAGAAAGAUAUGGAAACCAUAUCGGGAUAUUGCUGAUUUCCUGUCAAGAUAGCUGCUUUGGGAAUAUUAUUUAUAUGAACGAAAAAGCCUCAGAAAUAUUAAAAUUGCCUAUGAUAGAAGUCUAUACUAGCACAAUUUUUACCUUUCUUCCGCAUCUAUAUGGUAACACUCAUGAAAAACUUAUGAAAAAAUUUAUCAAUCAUUCGGAAAGUGUAGAAGUCCCAUUUCAUAAUCAAUUGUUCUUCCAAAAUCAAUAUGGGUUUCUUACAGAAUGCAAUAUGCUUAUAAGACUAACUGCUUUUCAUAAUAAUAGCUAUUUUCUUAUAUCUUUUCAACAAAGGCAUACUCAAAGGCAAUUUGCAUUGAUUUCUGAUGAAGACGUAAUAUUAGGCCAUUCAGAAUUUUUUUCUAACUGUUUAGGCUGCUCUUCAAAAUACGUAAAAAAUAGCUACUUUGCCGAUUUAUGUCCUUUUAUAGACAUUGAUAAGCUUAAAGAAAAUAAAUCACAAAAAGCAAAUAUCAAUAAUAAAGAAAUGUGCUUUAUAUAUGCUAAAAAAACAAUUAGAAAUGAAAGACUUAUCCCUUUUAUGUUAUUAUUUGAUUUAUUAAAAUCAAAUAUAUCUAUUAAUUUUUCUAAAAAAUUAUUUUAUAAAGAAGCUAAUAUUUUAUGUAUAAUUGACAAUGACUCAAAAAUAAAAAAAUUCGAAAAAGAUAAGCAAGAAAAUCGACAUGAGAAUCCUAAAUCUUGAAUAGCAUAUGAGAAAAUUGAAGAUGGAUCUCUAGAAAGUGAACAUAAUAAAGAAACUAAAGAAAAAACGUCUAAAUCUCAAAUAUCAUUUAAAGAUGUUGAUUAAAAUUAAUUAGUAGGUAUGUAGGAUUAUUGGAGCCCAUCGUCGAUCCAAAGAAAGUUUCGCGUUGGUGCUAGACUAUCUUCACCCUGCCCUUUUCACUUCUGAAAUCACCAAAAAAUGGCGACGUAGGAGGUCUCCCGGGAGACUGCCCUUCCGUCUACUUGGUCCCAGCAAGCUUCAAAAGACUCGCUAAACCCCUGACAAGUUUUGGAUCAUUGUGAACCCCUUGCCUCCUCAAUGGUCUGUCUAAACCGUAUUAAAGACUCAGCAAUGCUGCAAGGAGUACUGAGUAGCAUUGACCGGUAGGUGCGUUUCCAAGCCAGGAAAAAAAGACCAAUGUUUAGCCCCUAUACCAAAAACCCACCCCAGAUACUAUUGUAUGUGGCUUUUCUCCUCUGGGUCCCUAUCAACUCUCGGACCACUAAGGACACCAUUUUAAUAAUUCUAAAGAUGUUGAAGAUGCUUUACUUAAUACCCACGAUAAUUCUCCAAAACAUCAUAUAUCUUCAGACGAUCAAGUUAGCAAAUCUUCAUCAGCUAUUCUAAGUAAAAUUUAUGAUAAUUUUGAUUAAAUCGAUUUUUUUAAUUAUUUUUAAUUUAUAUUUUCCUGAUCAAUUGAAAUCUAUUUAAAAUUGCAAAAAUGCUUAUUUAAUCACAGUGAUAUAUUCAGAACAAUCGCAAGAUUUAAUUUUGAAGUCUAAGAAGUGGAUAACGAUACUUAAGUGGGUGCUAUUUAUUGUGGUAAAAAAUAAACAGACUCUAGCUGUCAUAGUAACAAUGGGCUCAAUCAUGGCCAAUAUUGUGAAUGAUGUAAAUUUAACCUCAUCAAUGAUUAUUUUUCGAAACCUAGGAGAUCUUCUAUAUAAUAUUGGAUUAACCGCUGAUUCCGCAAGAACGAUCGACAAAGCAAAAAUGGCUAACUUUGAUUAUUCAGCUCAAAUAGUAAUAUUUGCAAAUGUAAUGAAAGAAAUCCAAACCAUUCAGAAUGACAUUUUAUCUGAUUUUGAGCAUUGAAAGUUUUGCUCUGCUUAUGAUGUUACGACUCAUCCUUUGAUCCCAAUGUGGUCUUUUGAUGAAAAAUCACCGUAUGUAAUAUACGAAAAUAUGUAUAACGCUAUAGAAAGUUUUUUAUUUCAUGUAAAUCAUAUUUAGAUACGAAAUAUGAACGAUGCAUUGAAAAAUAACAAAACAUAUAAAAUGCAUUCUAAAUUUUUGAUCCUUAAUGGAUUAGGCCAAACUUAUGAUUCUUUAAAUCAUACAAUAUUAGAUUUAGAGGACUGUGCAAUUAGCCAAAUAGAAUCGAUAGGAAAUUUGAUAUAUUUACUGAUAUUGUGGGGAAUAAAAUUGACGGUUAUUUGAUAGGAGAUUUUUUUCUCGUAUGAUAUUUCCUUACUCCCCCCCUCCGUGAGUGAACAAAACCAUUAGAAAAAUCGCCAUUUUUUGACCAAAAACCCACCCUCCAUGAGUGAACAAAAAUUUUUUUUAAUAGAAAAAAAAUUUAUGGAAAAAAUUUUUGAUAUAUAAGUGAUAAUAGCAUAAUGAAAUCUAGAGCUAAUUCUCUGUUUAAUUUUUAAAUAAAUUGCGUUUUAAAACAUAAAUUUUAUAAAUUAAAUUAAUAUUUGCUUUCCAAUUUUUGCAAAUUAGGAUUUUUUUUAAAUUUCGAAAAAAAAUAUUUUUUAUAAAAUUUAUAUAUAAAUUUUUUUUAAAAAAAAAAAAAUUAACCCCCCUCCGUGAGUGAACAAAAUUUUUUUGUUCACUCACGGAGGGGGGGAGUUAGAGCUAUUUUCCUGUGGGACAAUUGCUGGGAAAAAACUUAAUAUUCUUUCAUAUCGCGAGGGAAAAAUUUCGACUGAAAAUGCAUGAGGAAAAUAUUGUGAUAAAAUGCUAUAGAUCCAGGGAAUAAUAAUCCUUGCAAUUUUGUUCGGGACUAUUCUUUUAUUUAUUUAUCUUACAGCAAGAAAAAUAGAUGAAUUUUGGAAUUUUUUUAUAAAAAAAUUCCAAAUCUCUAUGAUGAAAUUAAAAAGUGAAGCCAUGGAAAGGCUUAUAUAUGCUCACAAUACGGAGGCAAGUCCUGAAGAAAGUGUUAACACAGGUCGAAUUAAAACAAAACGAAAAGUUAGGACUUGGAUAGAAAUUACUUUUACUUGGAAAAUCCUUAUAUUUGUCGUUAUUUCUGCGUCGUAUUAUUUUUUGAUGUAUUUUUAUCUGUACCCAGACUGCCAAAGCUAUAUGAUAAAUAGGCCAAAACUUCUGGCUCCCCCUCCGUGAGCGAACAAAAAAAUAUUGUUCGAUCACAUGGAGAAUUUUUUUCAUUUAAUUUUUUUUUUUCAAAAAUCCCCGUUUGCAAAAAUUGGAAAUUUGGAAAGCAAAAAUUAAUUUAUUAUAUAAAAUUUAAAUUUUAAAAUGUAAUCUAUUUAAAAUUCAACAGAGUUAGCUAGAGAUUUCAAUUUAAUUAUUAUCAUUUAUAUAUCAAAAUAUUUUUUUUAAUAUAAAAUUUGUGUUCGCUUACAGAGGGUGGGCUUUUGGCCAAAAAAUAAAGAUUUAUCUAAUGGUUCGCUAACGGAAGAGGGAGUGAAUAUAUUUAAUUUAAGGAGAUCUUUAGUUUCCAGAGUAAGUAUUUUUUCCAGAGAUGUAUAUACUCCUUAUUUCAAAAAUAACUUUAUAUCAUUAUAUGGCUUUGCUAAUUCUCACACUGUGACAGAUGUGGACGUUAAAAUCCUUAAAGAAAAAAAUAAAGAACUUCGCGAGGAGAAAUUCAUGAAAAUCAUGUCAAAGGAAUUGAAAGAAAAAAUUUUUGAGAGCAGCAAUUUAACACAUCCGCUGCUGAAGUAUGGCUCUGAAACUGCUAUUGAAAUAUCAAUUGAUGAUAAUUAUUAUAUUGCUGCCAACCCUACUCUGCCACCACUUGGUGUUUUUCAAUAUGUGGCAGUUCUUCAAAUACUACAAAAUAAUAUUGAUAUGGAAUUUCAAUUAGCUGAUGGAGAUUCCCAUGAUGCUAUAGAACGUCAAUUGAAUGUUAUUAUAGCUACCACUGCGAUUUAUAUAAUAAUUUUUUGUGGGCUUUAUUUUAUUUAUUAUUUGCCAUUUCUCCAUUAUCAAAUAAAGCAACUUAAUUGGCUUUCGUAUUUGAUUGAGAUAUUGUCCACAGAAUAA